UUUAAGAUUCUUUGUACAAGUUAAUAUUAAUUCACAAAUUUAAAAUGUUGUCAAAUUUAUUUUCUGUUUAUAAAAUAUCGCUUAUUAAAAUCAUCGUAACAAAUUAAAUUAAUCUUCAAUUAUGGAAAGCAAGAGAUAUGCAAUUCAACUUUGAAAUAUAAACAGCAUUAAGUUUCAAUACAAAAAUUGCUAAAGUACCUGAAAACUUUAUACAUAAUUAUCUCCAGUUUUGUAAUUUUUGUUUUGCGGACGUUAUUCAGGAAUCUCGUUUCCAUUUAUCGUUUUACGGCGAAUUAAUUGCAUUACGUCAUACGCUAGUAAAUUCUUUUGGAAUGUCGUCGAACCGGCACUAACUUUUCCCAUAACGAAGAAACAUUCGGAUUUAUGUGUAAUUUUAUUUAAGACUUCUUUUAUAAUUUAAUAUGACGGAUAUAAUCGUCGACAACACAAAGGGUCCAUUGUUUUCAAGCUCACUAUACACGUGCAUAAACAAGUUCUAUUGAACUUGGUAGUUCAUGUUCAAAGGGUGUAAUACUAAGUUAAAGUAAUCAGAUUGAAAAUUGACAGGGAGAUUGGUUGACUAUUCCGUUUCCUCACUAUCAUGCUAAUGAGCAUUUAACAUCGCGCUUUUUACCAAGGCCUGUAAAUUUACCGUUAAAGGUGUUUAGAUGUUGCGUUUGUGUCGCGCCGUUCCCACGAAUGUUAUUUCGAAAAAAUGAAUCCUUCGCACGGAUCUUCAACCCAAUGUGUGAGGUUUCAAAGCGUAGUGGCGGAUUCGUAGAGUGGCUGGUCGUGGAGCGAAGGGCCGCGUCACGAAGGCAAAGUUAACGGCCCAUAAUUCAUAGCCGACAUAUAAUAAAUAUCGUUACUCCAUCGUGAGCUCACGUAGACACGCGCACCGAGGUUUUACACGCACGUACCCCUUGGUAUAAUACGUGUGUAAGGAUGUAAACGUUUCAUGACUCCAUGCAGGCUUUCCCUCAGAUUACGUGUGGUGAGCUUUCGUCCUUGGCGGAGGUCAUUGGAUCGUCUGCGCCGUCUUGGCGGUUCUUCGUUCAUCCUCUUUCGACAUUUUGCUCUCUCAUGAAUAUUCAUUCGCCACUCUAUGGUUUGGGGUGAAUUAAUUGGACUUGGCGCGAGAAUUAAUAGUCAAGAUCGAGUUCUUGACAAGUUUGCUCAAGACAAAUUUAUAGGUUCUCAAAUUUCUAAGAUCCCCAAACUUUUUUCUGAAACCCUACUUACAUCUUGGUGUCAAAUUUCGCGUUUGACGCGAUAUCCUUGUCAGAAACAAAAAACUGUAAAUACGCUUGUAAACUCCAUUUGCGAGCGAGCGUCAAAACGUAGCGAGAGAAAAAAAUAAAAUGAAAUGAAGCACGGAGCGGAGCCGAAAAUAAGAUAAACAUAUUUUAUUCUGGUAGCAUCUGGUACACGGAAUCAGUUGAGCUAAGAAUUCUAUUGGUUAUAGAGUUGUCUAUAAAUAUUAGUCAAUUCUAUUUAUUCAUAACUGGUUGACAAAAUCCAUCUAUAAAAUGCUAAUUCAAAAAAGAAGACUAAUAAUUGUAAUUGAGUGGCAUUCGCAGCGAAGAGGAGGGGGCGCGUAAGGAUGCGCUUACGCAGGAAACGGUGCAUGUCCCGGUGACGUUACAGCGACGAAAAGAAAAAAAAAAAGAAAGAAAACAAAAGGUAUAGCCAGAGAUAAGGAAGCACGGAUGACGCGAUGAGACUGAGCCCGAUUAUCCUGUCGUGGGCCACAGCUAGCUGGCUGGGUCCGGGGACCACGGCGAUACGUGGCCAGGCAUCGAAGGAUUACGAGCUGUCGACGGAAUUCUUCCUGGUACCCGGCGACGUGGCGAUGGACAAGAACGGUUUGGCCAGCGUGGCCAGUGUCAUCAGUGUACCUGCACCGAACAGGACAGUUUCGGUGUUCAAAAUGGCUGGAAAGAAGAGCCAGGAGAUCGAGGCCGAUACUCGACUGUACUCGAGGUCCUUGCUCAGACAACGACCCUGGGCUCUUCCUCUGGCGGCCCUCAGCGCAGCCACGAUGCUCCUCAUGGCUGGUUUCGAGGUUUUCGUACUGCUCAAGGCAAGGGUAACUGCGCCAAACAGACGACACUUAUUUCUGGGACAAGCUCUACUUCUAGGACUAUUCCUUUUGGCAGGACUCUCAGCAGCAGCAUCCCUUAGUCAGAAUCCUUUGUCCUGCGCCGCGUUUCGAUUAGUCGGUUUGCCAGCUGCCCUCGUGUUUGCCGCUCUGUUGGUCAAAUGUGUGUUUCUACUUUCUUUGAACAGCGGCGUUUAUCUGCCAGCACCUUAUCAAGCAUUGGUAUUAGGAUUCGCCGUGCUGGUACAAGUAGCUAUUAUUGGGCAAUGGUUCUACGGUGAACCACCCGCGGUGGUCCAGCUACAAAAUCCAGGAACAAUCUCGACAGCAGGUUGCAAAACACCUCUUGGACAGAUAGUGGCUUCCCUCGGAUAUCCUGGUGCACUGCUGGUAGCAGUAGCUUGUUUAGCAGUGCGAGCCCGCGGCGUACGAGACAACAACCGGGAAGCUGCAUUUAUCGGCUUGGCUGUUGGUUUAUCGCUUCCGAUUUGGAUAUCAAGCGCGAUCGGCUCGGUGGCAGCUUCCUCGGAGAGCGACAGAGAGGCUUGGCUUGCUUAUGGUUUAUUAACUACUUCCCUUCUCGUGUUCCUGACAAUGUUUCUGCCGAAGGGCCGCCAGUUAGCUGCCCUCGGACGAGAAGCUCCUGCCACGGUGAUCCGUGAUCGAGACGAUGCCCUCAGCUCGCUUCCUGGCAGCGGUUACUCGCCUUCCUUUUUCCACUUCAAACCAGUCGAGGCUUCUUUGAAGAGAAAAAUGCAUUAUCACAGCGGUGAUCGUGUCGCAUUAGUUUCAUCCGCCAUACCUGGAUGCACAGCCUGCAGGCAUGGUGGAAGUCCCAUAUACUCUGACGAUGUUCACGGCCCAAUGGAAACGUUCGUGUUGCCACCAGGGAUGUAUCUAAGGCCAGAAGAUGCUGGAAACUUGUACACAACGUUAUCAGCGAAUCCGAACGUAUUUUUUCAACGGGCAGCUCAUCCUGGGAUGAUGUACUGAUAAUUGCCCGGAACCCCUUCCGACCACGAAAGCCCGCGAAUUUCGAUAACAGAACUGCUUUUCUACAUUCUUAUAAUUAGAUAGCUACGAAACAAUGGACUUUGUUUCCUAUUCGUUUGUCUUGUUAUUGUAAAUAAUAUCACGUACGAGUGUUGCUCGAGACUUUUAAUUUUCCUUUGUCUCGGUUAUGCUCGAUUAUUUCGAUAACAAAUCAAACUGUAGCAGUCGAAGGCGAAUUUCGCGAGAAAUUAUAAUAAAGGUACGAUACAUUUUUUUAUAAUC